AUUUAUUAAUUUACCCAUUAGUAUGAUCGAGGUAAAAAUGGUAUUUGACUAGUUAAAGCUUGGUCAAAGCAGAAUUUACGGAGUUUAAAAUUGGGUGGAAAAGUAUAGUUUUUAAAACUAUGAAUAAAAAUAUGUAAUUUUGCCUUAGGUAGAUAAAUAUGAUUCACUACAUCAAUAGCUUCUCUUGCUGAGAGAAAACGGACAACUAAAAGUUAGAAAGUAACUUGGGGAAUGCUUCGCUGUGUUUUUGUUUAGUAUCUGAAAUUUCCUAGAAAACCUAUCGAAGCAAACAGUCAACUGGAACUCAAGCAAAUCACCCAGAUCGGAUCGGUUAGUUCUGUAACAUAAUUGAAUCUAAUCCUUCCCGAUCUUCUAUUUCCAGUAGGUUCAGAGUGAAAUCUGGGGUUGAUUUAUAAGUUGAAUUCUGAUUCUGGUUUUCCACUUUUCCAAUUUUGCCGUGAAACUUGAUGGGAAGUUCUUGAUGUUUUGGUUACUAACUUUUACAUUUUUGGCAACUAACCUUGCUGCAGUGCAGAGUCUUUCCUUUAGUGAAAGUUGAUGGCUUCUUCUUCUUUUAGUAAUCCUGCGGUGGAGCAUGACGUUUUCUUUAGUUAUGACGGCCGGGACACCUUCUGCCUCGAAUUUUCCAGACGUCUUCGUGCAGCUUUGCUGCGGAAACAAAUUGUAGCUUUCUUUGAUUUACCAUGGAAAAGUGAUGAAAAUUUGCCAUUCCUUUUGAAUGCAAUUGAAUGUUCAAAGAUUUCGGUUAUCAUUUUCUCAGAAGCCUAUGCAUCUUCUAAAUGGUGCCUUGAAGAACUCGUAAAGAUCUUUGAAAGCAGGAAAAUACAUGGGCAAAUCGUGAUACCAGUUUUCUAUAACAUAGUUCCAUCAGAUGUAGAGAAGCAAACUGGGACCUUUGGGGAUGGAUUUGCCAAGCUUCAAGAACUCUUUAAGGAGAGUCCAUACAUGCUGCAGAGAUGGAGCAUCGCUUUGACAGUAGCAGCAAAUAUACCUGGCUUUCAUUAACAAAAGACAGGCCACCAGCCAUUCUUGUACCUAGAAUUGUCGAUUUUAUUUCGAAGAUGUUGAAUUAUAUUGCUGCACGUGAAGUCAAAGCCCUCCUGGAAGCUAUUGCAUUAUAUUUUGGGACUCCUAAGGAUCUAGCAUUUCCUUUUUGGUCAGGUUUCUCCUUUUUAGAGGAAUUAAAUCUACGUUAUUGUAAUAUCACAGAGUUACCUGAAAGUCUUGGCCAAUAUUGCUUCCUAAAAUCUUUACAAAUAGCUGGAAACAUGUUUGAGAGCAUACCAAAAAGCAUUGAAAGCCUUUGUAAGUUGAUGUUGCUUGAUGUAAGCUUUUGUUCUAGGCUUCAAUGCUUACCAGAUCUUCCAUGCCAGCUAGAAUAUGUAAAAGCACAGAGUUGCACAUCACUGCAAAAAGUAUCAAACUUAUCAAAAUUAUUAACAAAUAUGGAGAGAUCACAAAAUAGAGUUCUCAGCUUCAUCAAUUGUUCGGAACUGGAUUAUGAUGCACUUGCAAAGUCUGUGGCUGAUGCUUUAGUUCAAAUUCGGCAAAAUUCAAUUCAUCGGUGGGAAUUUUAUGAGAUGGUUUUCCAUGAUGCAACAUUUUUUUUUUGCUUCCCUGGAAAUAAAAUUCCAGAGUGUUUUAACUUUCAGAAUACUGGAGCUAAUAUAGAGCUACCACAAGAUUGGUUCAAUUGUAACUUAAACGGUUUGACCUUUUGCACUGUCAUAGCCUUCGGAGAUCAUCAUCAUGAAAGGCAUGAUUUGAUUGUUAAUUGUGAGUUGCUUCUUAAAACUAAGGAUGGUAACAACCAGAAAGUUGCUGUUGGCUUUCUUCGGGGUUGGUACAAAGAUGAUGCACCUGACUAUUUUGUGUCAGAUCACGUAUUCCUGGGUUAUGAUUGCAAUAUGUAUAGAUCUGGCUUUCCUGAAUUCUCUGACAAUAGUCGGGCCAUGGUUAAUUUCUAUGUUAGCAACAAAGAUGGAAAACAUUUGGAAUGUUGCAAAGUGAAGAAGUGUGGAAUCAGUUUAUCAUACAACCAACACUCUGGGGAAGCGGUGGAAGGGUCCAGUAGAAGUUGCAUCUCUACUGAGGAAGCACAGUCCGGCUUAAGUAAUCGUCAGGUGAAGUAUGAUGUUUGCCUUAGUUUCAAGGGUAAAGACACCCGCAACAAUUUUACUAGCCAUCUUCGUGCAGCGUUGUAUCGGGCAAAGAUUGAAACUUCCAUUGAUAAUGAGGAUGAUGAACUUAUUGGGCAAGAUCGUAUGAAUGCCAUUGAAGAAUCAAGGAUUUCUAUUAUCAUUUUCUCAAAAGGAUAUGCCUCGUCCAAAUGUUGCAUGGAAGAACUUGUACAGAUUCUUGAAUGCAAGAAAAAGUAUGGCCAGGCUGUGAUACCAAUUUUCUAUAAUGUGGACCGAUUGGGUGCAACUGAUGUUUUAAAAAAUCCUGAAUAUUUGAAGCAAAUGCCAGAAACGCAGAAGAAAUGGUUUAUUGCAUUGAGAGAAGCAACUGAUCUAGACGGUUUCAAUUCAAAUUUCUUUUGGUGCGAAUCUGAUCUUGUAGAGGCUAUUGUGAAACGCGUUUUGAAGAUAUUGAACUUGGUUGGAGUACAAUCAAGAAUCAAGAAAAUUGGAUCUCUACUACACACUAGCUCAAAAGAUGUUCGCAUUGUCGGAAUUUUGGGAAUAAGUGGUAUAGGCAAGACAACCAUCACCAAAGCUUUAUUUGAUGAAAUUGAAAUUCAGUUUGAAGGUUCUUACUUUGCUUUAAAUGUUAGUGAAGAAUCCAAAAGUCUUAAAAGACUAACUCUCUUGCGUCAAGAGCUUUUUACUGCCAUAUUAAAGGAUGGACCUUCUGCUCUUGGAAACAUCUUCACAAAACUAAGUUUUGGAGCUUAUAAAAGGGUUCUCAUUGUUUUAGAUGAUGUGACUUCAUCAGAACAAAUAAAAUUUUUAAUUAGAGAUCUUCAUUGUUUGGGUCUAGGAAGUCGAAUCAUUAUAACAACAAGAGAUAGACAAGUGUUGAAAAAUUGUGGAGUAGAUGAUGAUCUUAUAUACAGGGUUGAUGCAUUAUUUCAUCUUGAAGCUCUCCAACUUUUUAGUUGGUAUGCCUUUCAACAAAAUCAUCCUCCCUCUAAUUAUGAUGAUUUGUCAAAAAGUGUAGUAGAAUAUGCUAAAGGUGUUCCGUUAGCUCUUAAGGUAUUGGGUUCCUUUUUACGCGAGAAGACUAAAAGUGAAUGGGAAAGUGCAAUAAGUAAUCUAAAAGGAAAUCCUUGUAAAGAUAUCCAAAUGGUGUUAGAAGUAAGUUAUAAGGAGCUAGAUGAUUAUGAGAAGAAUAUAUUUCUAGAUAUUGCAUGUUUUCUUAAUUGGGAGUGUAGAGAUUUUGUAAUAAAAUUUUUGAAUGUUAGUGGUUUCUACGCAGAAAUUGGAAUGAGUGUUCUCAUUGAUAGGUGUCUGAUCACUGUUUCAAACAACAGAAUAAUAAUGAAUGCUUUGCUUCAAGAAAUGGGUUGCAAAAUUGUCCAAGAAGAAAACAGUAGAGAUCCUAGCAAGCGUAGCCGUUUGUGGUAUCAUGCAGACAUCUAUCAUGUGUUGAAAAAUAAUAUGGGGAGUGAAGCACUUGAAGGCAUAUGCUUGGACAUGUCCAAAAUAACACAUAUAGUUUUAAAUCCUCAUGCUUUCGCAGAGAUGUCUAACUUGAGAUUCUUGAAAAUAUAUGACUCACAUUGUGGAUUGAGGAGUAUUAAUGAGCUGUGUGCUACUAAAGACCUUGAAUUGAGGAGUAUUAAUAAGCUGUGUGCUACCAAAGACCUUGAAUUUCUUUUCAGUGAGCUAAGUUACCUAUGUUGGCAUGGGUUUCCAUUGGAAUCAUUGCCAUCAGACUUUUGUUUACAGAAUCUUGUUGCACUUGAUAUGCCUUACAGUGAUAUUCAACAACUUUGGACUGGUGACCAGAUUCUUUUUAAUUUAAAAACUAUCGACCUCAGUUACUCCAAACGUCUACAGAAAAGUCCAAAUUUCUUGCUCACCCCAAAUCUAGAGAGCUUGAUUUUAGAAGGCUGUACAAGUUUGCUUGAGAUUUCAUCAUCUAUUAAUUGUCUCGAUAAACUUGUUAUCUUAAACCUAAGGCAGUGCAAAAGGCUAAGUAGUCUUCCAACCAGCAUCGACUCAAAGUUUCUUAGAAAAGUUAUUCUUUCUUCUUGCUCAAAUCUCAAGAAGUUUCCAAUUAUAUCAUCUAAUAUAGAAGAGCUAUUUUUAGAUGGAACUGCAAUAAAAGAAUUGCUUCCCUGGAUCGAAAAUCCAUCUAGAUUAUUGACACUGAAUUUUGAAGACUGUUCAAGACUUGAGAGUCUCCCAAGCAAUUUAUGUCUGAUGAAGUCCCUUGAACAUCUUAAUCUCUCUGGGUGUUCAAAACUUGAUCGGUUGCCAAAUAGUUUAGGAGAUUUAAAAGCUUUAAAGGUGCUUAAAGCAGAGAGGCUUGCUCAAAGAGAAGUACCAUCAUCCAUUGCAUCUUUGCAGUUUUUGAAGGAACUAAAUCUGACUGAUUGUGGUAUUGUGAAGUUACCUAGAAGUUUGAGAAACUUGUCAUCACUUGAGAGUUUAUUUCUGGGCAGAAACAAUUUUGAAAGCAUUCCACCAACCGUCUUACAACUUCCGAAGUUAUGUUAUCUUGACUUGAGCUAUUGUCAGAGGCUUCAAUUCUUACCAGUGGUUUCGAAUUGUUUACAAUAUGUAAAUGCAAACGGUUGUACAUCACUAGAAGGAUCAUUACUAACUGCUGUUUUUGAAAAAGCUAGCUUCAUCAAUUGUUUCAAACUAGAACAAAAUGAACUGCUAGACUAUGUGAUAGAAGUGCUACUGAAUGUUUGGAACCUAUUACGUCGUCGGAGGCCAAGACCUAGUGCUUAUAUCUGUUUCCCUGGAAAUCAAAUUCCAGAGUGGUUUACCUUUCAAAUUAUUGGAGCUUCUGUCAGUGCAAUUCAAACAUCAGGUAAGCGUUAUACAGGAUCAGUUAGUUUUGCUGUGUGUGCUGUUGUAGAGUUCCGAAACUAUCAAGAUGAUGGCCACGGCUUGGUAGUCCGUUGUGAAUGCAAGCUCGGGAAUAGAGAUGGUGCGGUGGUACUUUACUAUGGUAUCCCACCCAACUGUAUUGACUCAGAGCACACCUUCCUGGGAUAUGAUCUUCACAUGUGUAACUUUGAUUUAUGUGAUAGUCGAUACAAUGACGAUUAUGAAGUGAGCAUCCAAUUUUAUGUCGAGGAUUUAAAUGGUAAACGGAUAGACAGUUGUGAGGUGAAAAAGUGUGGUUUUUAUUUAUUGUUCCAUAAUGUAAUGCGGGAUGAUAAUGAUGGUGAUGAUGAAGAAGAACCACCCUUUAAGAAGUUGAAGGGAGUUUUGUUGUAGAUCGAUCUUGGGUUGUUUCCUUGGGAGAAUCAUACUUUGUAUGGUUUCAUAUAUCACUUCGUGUAUAUACGGUGACAAUGUGCGGGGUUUGAAGGCAAAUCAGGCUCAAGGUUUUUGUUGCGUUCAUCUUCAUCGUGGUUCUUGGUCUUCGACUCUCUAUUGCUCUUUUGCCUUCAUCGUCAAUCGACUGAUCAUAGCUAUUGCAAUUUGCUAUUGGUUUGUGUUGAAUUCUGUUAUUGCUUGUGUUGAAUUCUGUUAUUGCUUGUGUUGAAUUUGUCUUAAUUUAAAGAGUGAUUUUAUGGUAUAAUGAUUAGUUGAGAUAACAUAAUGGAAAUGGGUUUAUUUUCAAA